UGGCUGGUGGACGCUUUAGUUCAGAGAAGAAGCGACGGAUCGAGGCACAUAGCUAUAGAAAGAGAGGGAGAGCAGAGGAAAGAGAGAGAGAGAGCGAGAGGUGGAAUUCUAACGAAUUAAUCACCGUCUGUUCCCGUGAGUGUGUGUGUGUGUGAGAGAGAGCGUGAGAGUCAAAGGCAGUGAAAUAGCGAGAGAGAGAGGCAGAGGAGGGGGAGCGGAGCCUGACGCAGUGUGAGAGGCAGAAACUGAGAGGAGAGAGGCAGAGAACGAGGGAGACAGCAGCGGGCAGGCAGCGCGUCACAUCAGGCGCCGUUUUGCAUCCAGAAAAUCUUGACGCGGGUCAAUAACCACACUGACUGAUGCCGUGAUCGCACGAGCCACUUCCCGGUCACCGCUCUUCACGGAGACCGCAGAGGAGACAAGCUGGGACAAAUCAGUACAGACAAAGAUAAAUACAUAUAUAUAUAAAUAUAAAUAUCCCAGUAUCAACAAAGCCACACAUACUGCCAGAGGCAACGAGGGGACGUUGGUGCCGAGGACACCUGCGAGGCGAAGCUCUUCUUCUUCUUCUUUUUCUACGCUUGCAUCUGGAACAGUGAUGUGAAAAGUGCUCUGAGACUGAAGGCUCAGCUGGUUUGGAAAGGACCUCCAUCUGCAAAGCAGAGGUCGCCUCUCCAUCAGUCGGCACGUCAGCGACCAGGAAAGCAGGGACCGGUUCUCACACCAAGUACAGAGCAGCACGCAAUGAGGAAGAAAGAAAAGAGGUGCUUGUCCAAUCAGAGGUGCAGAUGGCCACAGAAGACAUGAAUACCAGCCAAUCUGGCACUAGGACGACUUCCACUUGCCAAAUCAUACAUAAAUCAAAUGUGACCCCGCUAAUUAAACGACUUAUACAGUUUACCUAGACACACAUACUGCCAAUGAAGUGAUACAUCCCAUUCAUGCACUCUAUUUCUUCAAGCUUUUAGCAAUUUCUCGGUUUGGCACAUUUGCCGCUCGUAAAACGGUCACAAUUCUCAAGAAAACCAAGUCUCUGUUCAUGAAAAUAUAACCAUUAAAAAACACACCCACCCUCCCUUCCCAAUGGCUCUAGUCUACAAGAAUAAAUGUUAGAUGGCGAGCAACUCUGGUCGGCUUUCUCCAGCGGAUACUGCAAUGACAUCCCAAAUGGCCCAGAACACUGGACAGGGACGGCAGCGACAUAACACGACUGGAGGGUCUUCAUCAGUGGUCUUGUCUACAGCCAGCUCCUUCUUCUGUUUCCUUGCACUGCUUUCAGUGAUGCGGCUGCCGGUGGUAAAGGCGGACUGCUGGCUUAUUGAAGGGGAGAAAGGCUUCGUGUGGCUGGCUAUCUGCAGUAUGAACCAGCCUCCCUACGAGGCCAUCCCCUCCCACAUUAACAGCACUAUUGUGGAUCUGAGGCUGAACGAAAACAAGAUACGGGCGGUCCAUUAUUCUUCACUGAGUCGCUUCAGCAACCUCACCUAUCUGAACCUGACCAAGAACGAUAUCAGUUACGUGGAAGAUGGAGCGUUUUCAGCACAAUUUAAUCUGCAGGUUCUCCAGAUGGGCUUUAACAAGUUGAGGAACCUGACAGAGGGCAUGUUGCGAGGCCUGGGCAAGCUGCAGUACCUUUACCUGCAAGCCAACCUCAUUGAGACUGUUACACCCAACACCUUCUGGGAAUGUCCGAAUAUAGAGAAUAUAGACCUCUCCAUGAACAGGAUUCAGGUGUUGGAUGGCAGCUUGUUCUCUGGACUCUCUAAGCUGACCACCUGUGAACUUUACACUAACCCCUUCAAUUGCUCUUGCGAGUUGCUGGGUUUCCUUCGCUGGCUUGCAGCCUUCCCCAACAGGACCAGUGAGAGGAUGGUGUGUGACUCCCCUCAUGGAUUCUCGGGGUACAACCUUCUCAACCAAAAUCCCCGCAUGCUUAACCAGCGCAGUGCUCUGUAUGCGCUCAGUCACGUGUGCACAGAUGACAGCAGUAGUGCAACAUCAUUCUAUGGUAUUGAUUCCACAACUCCUCCGCCAGAUUUCGCCUCUCCCUGCGGACUGGAUGAUUGCGCUUCUGGGACCCCUCCUGAUGGGGGUGAGGUGAUCAGCUUGAGUCCCAUUUUCCCCGAUGCCAAACCCAUUAUGACUGUAAAGCAAGUGCUACCUUCGAGCGCUGUGAUAACAGUUCAGAUUCCCGAUCCGUACAAGAAAAUGUACAUCCUGAUGCUUUAUAACAAUAGUUUCUUCACGGACAUUCAGAAUCUGAAAGAUAAAAGAGAAGAUAUUGAGCUAAAGAACUUAAAACCAAACACUGACUACACCUACUGUGUGGCUUCUAUACGAAACUCCCUUCGCUUCAACCACACCUGUCUGACCAUCUCAACAGGCCAUCGAGUCGGAACAGAGAAAGUACCCAGACCGCCAUCAGUAACCCAUUACAUUAUGACAAUUUUGGGAUGCCUGUUUGGAAUGCUGGUGUUCCUUGGCUUUGUUGUCCACUGCCUGAGGAGAAAGAGGAUCAUGGAGGAAAAGGAAAGGAAGAUGAGCAGGAUCCAGAGAACACUGAUAGAGCUAAAGUAUGGUGGAGAAGGGGAUAUAGAGGGAGGGAGUGGAGGAUCCGUUUCCCAGAAGCUUGGUGCUGGGGACAGUCUGUCCAGAAUGCCCUACCUACCUCAGGGUGGUGAGAUAGAUCCAUACAAGCUUCAGGAAGUGAUAGAGACACCGGCCCACAAGCCCCCUAAACUCAACUAUAUGGAGGUCAGAGGGUCGGACAUUGAAAGGGAGAGAGAACGAGAGAGGGAAAGGGAGAUGUCGCCGCAAGCAAAUCCCCAAGGCUCAGUAGCAGAGAUCUCUACCAUUGCCAAGGAAGUAGAUAAAGUUAACCAGAUCAUCAACAAUUGUAUAGAUGCUCUCAAAUCUGAAUCUACCUCCUUUCAACAGGGGAUCAAAUCCCCCUCUUCUGCAGGUGGAGGAGCUGUUUCAACAGCAGAGCCACAGCUGGUGCUUCUGUCUGAGCAAGGAGAAAGGGAACGAGGAGGUGAGUUCCUCUCCCCGGUGUACAAAGGAGGGAGAGGAGGAAGAGAAGAGAGGGGGAGAAGUUACCAUCAUUCAUUACAGCGACACCACAGCAUGGAGGCUCCUCCAACAUCUAAAAGGCCCAGCACGUCCUCCUCUCCCGGCUCCGCCCGGAGCCCUCGCUCCUUCCGCUCAGAGGGAGGGUACCACUCAUCAGAGUCCCGCUACAUCGAGCGAGCCUCACCAGGAGAGCGAGGGGAAAGGGGAGGCGGGGGAGGUGAGCCCAUCCGCACAGUCACCCCGGCUGCAGCCAUCUUACGAGCUGAAGCCCAGAGAAUCCGCCAGUACAACGAGCACCGUCACUCUUACCCCGGCUCCCAGCAGCAUCUCCAGGAGCUGCAGCACCACCCCCAGAUCCUGCAGGAGCUCCACCACCACCCAGGGGGGCGCAAGCCCUCGGUGUUAGACCCCCUCACUCUCAGCAGGCAGGCCAAGCAGAGGGAGUUAGCCUACUCCCAGCUUUCGCCACACUACCCACUCUCGCCACAGUACCACAACCUGAGCUACUGCUCCAGCCCCGAGGAAGACGAGGAGGAGGAAGGGCUCCUCUGCACCCCAACCCUGGGGCUGUGGGAGCGGUUCAAACUGCAUCGCAAGAGGCACAGGCAGGCAUCCAUGGAGGAUGAAGGCUACGUGGCAGCCGGACAUGCGCUGAGGCGAAAAGUUCAGUUUGCCAAGGAUGAAGAUCUCCAUGACAUACUGGACUACUGGAAGGGUGUGUCCGCCCAGCAGAAGGCCUGAUCCCACGUGUGGAGACCCCCCCAAACCAUUCGAAGAUGGAAAAUUAACAAAAGUGCAUCCAUGACAUACUGAUACACAGUGACUUAUUCAACAAAGAGCUGUAAAUACACACAAAUGCACACAUCUUACAGGAUCUACAGAAUCAGAUUGCACAUACGUGUACACACAGACACACACACAUGGACAUACUUUACACAAACUAAGCCUUUUCUUCUGAGAGCACGGAGGAGGACCAAACUAAUAUAUUAUACUGAACGACAAAAAUUAUAACAUAUAGAGACUGAAUUACUUUUUGUAAUGUAAUGGAAGUUAUAGCUCAGACUUAUGUAGCUAUUUGUACUAAGUUUUGAAUGAAGAAAAACAGAAUCAUCAGUAAGAAUAGAAACCUUAAAUGUUUGCUGGGCGGGCCAUCCUGAACAGUCCAGGGAUGCUUUCAAUCUCGUCGCAGCGGUGUAUAAUAAAGACUUUGCUUUUCCGGAGAGGUUGUUUUUGCAUCGCGUCCUGCGAUGCUGCCACAUGAGUGGGCUUUUUUAUUUUAUUUAUUUAUUUUUUUAAACUUCUGCGAUUUCGGAGAUUGAAAACAUCAAAAGCAACAAAUUCUGGAUGGGUCGCCGGGCUACAGUAAUAUUUAACUGUGCUGAGAAUGAGUAGGUAGCUCUCAUCAGAGAGUGAAUAUAAUGUGCCAAAUCAACCAAGGGGAUAGUAGAGCCCUACUGUGUAUCAACCUCUCCUCACCACUGUUUUUAUAUACAGGGUUUAAAAAAAAAAGGAAAAAAAACUGAUAAUAUGAUAUGUUGUUAUUACUAUUCAUUAUUCUUAUUAUCAUUACUGGUCUUCUAUUAUUCCUAUGAUCCUCAUCAUUAAUAUUCUAUUAUUUGAAUAUGGCAUGGCUCUAUCGUGUGACUGUGUUUUUUUGACUGUUUUGAACCUCUCAGCUGAGAAGUGCACACCAACAGAGACACAAACAGUCGAUGGACAAGACUUUUGAGUUCUCCUUUUUCUACCAAGAGGAAUGUGCUCCUCGCCGAGCCAGAAACAAGCCCACCUUUUCUCUUGGUGAACCCCAUCCCGCCCACACCCCACCCUCAUCCUCCUAAAGAGGAGAACGUUGUACAGAUGAGAGAGAGAAGUUCUAUAUUUGCAAACAGAGGUGACUGUUUUGUUUGUACAACAUGGGUUUUGAAAUCUUUCAGACUUUUCAGAAACCAGAAUCCCGAGUUAGUUACCUACCGGAUCACUUACAAAUGGUACGUUUUUGAUUUUGAAAUCGAACUUCAAAAAAAAAAAGAAAAACAAUUCUAAUCUUCAAAUGAAUGUCUUCAAUUCCCGUAGGGAAAGCAUAUCUGCACUGUUCAAAAUCAAAAAACGACUCUUAGAAAAAAAGGAAAAAAGACCUAAAACUCUCAGCUUCCUUCCCGAUACACUGUAGCGCCACUGUGUUUUUAUCGACAAUUCACCCCCCCCAACCCCAACCCUCAAGCCCAUCGCCCCGCCUCCCUCACCUUCCCCUCCCUCGUCCCAUCUCCCAGGGUUUUAACGUUUGACCUUUUUUUGAAUUCUUCUGGUUCCACUGUGGUGCCAUCGUGCUAACUUGACAAAUCGCAACACAUUUGAGACGAUUUUAAACACUACUAUUUACAGACCUCUUACCUUCGCAUCAAUACUUGUCAGUGUGCCAAACAGAACUACGAUUUGCACAAAACGAUCCACCACCAUUGGCUCACUGCUCCCCCGCCUCCAAUCAUUUCUAAGACCAAAGUACUGUGGUAAUAAAUUGACACCUUACCCUCCCCCUCCCCAACCCGCCCUCUCAAAGCCAGGACCCAACUGUUGACCCACCAUCAUCCUCACAGUUAACGACUCUAGCACAUGCAUACAUGCAACUUCAAGUGUACUCAUGCACUCGCAACCAACACACAGAUGAAUGUAUUCUUCGAGAAGUUAAUACUGUUCAGCAGCUGGAUUCUGAUGAACGAGCUGCAUUCAGUCUUUGUGCCCAUUGUCUGAGAGGAAACUCUCUUUGAGAUGGCCAAUUGUGAGAUCAAGAAUUGGGAGAUCAAUAAGAAGCGAUCGGCUUCCUAUAGAAUCAAAUGUGACCAAACUGGUGCACACAGUUGACCAGUUUGUCCUGGAAGCCCAAAGCAGUUGCUAAAGAGGUUCUAUUUAAGUACUGGCAGUUGGUUGUUUCUUUUUUUAAAUAUAUGAAGUGUUAUGGUAAAAUGUGAUUAGUAUCACUUAUGUGGUGAACAGAGACUUUGUGUAUAUCUGAAAUAUCUGCAGGAUUUAAACACUGGAGGUGGAAAAUAGGAGAAAAAUGUGAUAAUAUACUUUACACAGAACUGUGCUACAACAAGUCAUUUAAUGAGACUGUAAACCAGGGGUGGAGUCAACAGAAUUUCAUAUCAAUGCACUUUGAAUUUAACGCUAACAAGUUUUGCGACAUGAUUUGAAACAGAGUUGACUCCAACCUUGAAACGAUGACACUGAAAAUCUACAGAGAACACAACAGAGAUGGCAAACAAUGACAAGUUUAUUGUUGAGUGGAAACACUGUAAAAAAAAAACUAAAAAAAACUUUUUUCUCUGCUAUAAUGAGUUCAGAAUGCUCAAGUCAUUAAGCCCGGUUAAAGCCAUAAUCGCGUGUGAGUAAAAUCAUCACAGCUGUCUGUAGCACCGCAAAAAGCACAUUCAUUUGUGUGGCUGGAAAAGAAAAAAAAAAAGGCAAAUUUUUUAAAAAUGUUUUUCUUCUUCCCUGACACUGCAGCGGCUAUGACAUGGUUCCUCUGCUGCUGCAGCAAACAAUCCAACUCUGAUCUAAAAGGAAACUGAUGAGCCGUGGCUGUUUCUGCGUUACACGUUCCAGAUUGUGGCUUUAACCAAACAAUAGCCUUAAAACAUUCUUUUUUUUUCAUCUUUUUAACUUUAGUGUUGCUUUGAGAAUUGAAAAAAAAAAUCCUGAUUUCUUAACAUAUACUUCACCCGACUGCAAUUUUAUAAUUGCUUGAUUCUGAAGCCUCACUUGAGCAUUCUUUUAGUAACAGUAAUAUCAAUGUAGCGAUGUAUUCAAUUACUGUUUUUGGUUUGUUUUUCUUUCUUUCUUUUUUUCAUUAUAUUUUAUAAACAGUAAUGGCCUGAACUUAUCAUGUGUCAGAGAGUAGCAGAGCUCACCUCGAGUAAGUCACAAACGAGCUGAUGGUCAAGGCGACCAGACGGCGGUGACCCCAAUCAGCGCUGCUAUUCUUUGAACCGUGAUGAAGUGAAACUGUGUUUUUGAAACAACAAUGCCUAGAAAGUGGAAAUAAACCGAGGUCCUACUAACAGAGAGAAAUGACAAUGGAGCAUGCUGCAAGGAAAUCCUCAGUGGAAGCUUGUGUUAUAUUCUUCUAGUGAAUGACUCAGGAGCAAGAGAGGAAGUGAGAGAGAGAGAGUGAGCGAGAGCGAGAGAGAGAGAGAAAGAGGCUUUCUUUAUUUUAUUGUCAAAAAAAAUUAAAAUGAGCACAAUAAAAAUAGCCUUCCUUUCACUGUCUCCUUUCCCUGGAGAAACCAUACAAAUGCCACAAGUGCCAGAAGUAUCACAGGACUUUCAUUUCGCAUUUAAAAGAUGUUUGAUGGAUUACAUUUGCUGGGAUAAAUGCGUACAAGGUCAUUUUUUUUCAAAAGUUUUACUUGUAUAGCCAUAGAUAAUUCUGGUGUCAUAUGUUUGUGACAAGGUUGUGGACAUUUUUGCUUUUAUCUCAAGGCGGAGGCCAAAAAGAAACCGUCUGUGGUUCUCAGCGCUGAACAUUUCAGGAGACAUCUUUUUCCACAAAACUACACCAGUUACUCUGCAAAAUACACAAAAGAUGUUGUGGGAAGUUUUAAAAUAGUUAUACUCAAAAAAGUUGAUGGUGAAACCUUUGGAUCCUUUAACACAAAUAAAUAAAUGUUCUUCAGCUUUAGGAUAUUUUAUCUCUCAGAUUUCUGCCUCCUUAUAUAGUGGAGGGAAAUGACAUUAUUUGUGGUGCUACUGUAACGUGUGUUACACCUGUUUUUGUCUGUGUUAUGUUCUGUUGUGAAAUGAUGAGACGGGAGACUGGAUCUCUGGUUCUUUAGUUUCAACCGAAUGAAAUACAGAAAUACUGAAAUCCAUGAGUUGUGUGUGCUGGGUGCCUGCGAGGCCUGAAUAACAUAGUAAUGUAAUAAACUAAAAACAUAAACUGGUCCUUCGCUGACUUAAAUUAAACAAUUAAUCAGGCAAAUAAAUUCAAAUUUGUAACCGGGAUCGUUAAAAACUUUAGUUAGUGAAAUCAAAUCUCUGCAGGAUUCACACAGGAAGAGUCAGGUACUAAAUAGAACAGCAUACAGCAGUUUGGUCAUAUUCAAAUUGCAAGUAACUUUUAUCAACAGAGUGCAACUGCAUGGUAACCUACCUCCAGCCUUAUUGGAAAACACUGUGACCGGAGAACACCAGCACAGACUCAAACCAAACAGGCAGGAGAUUAAAAUCCAAAAUAAAUGAUUUAAUAGAAAAACGGAUGUUUGGGGGAAAUUCAUAAGCUUGCAUCACAUCAACUGCUACAGUAACAACAGUCUGACCUUUGAAGAAGUAGGGCGCACACAGAAAUGCUAAGAACUAAGGUAUGUAUUCAGAGACUGUAUUUAAAAGAUGGAUGUGGCCCCUGUGAUGACGUCCUAGUGUUUCUGAAGUCCUGUCUUUGACUUCUGCUUUGCGGCUGGUCACUUCUGUCUUUUGGGAUCCAGAAGUGACCAUAUUUACAUGAAUGGGUAGAGUCCCAAGUUUUUAGCUAACGCUAACAAGUUUGGUUAGCAAGACGCACUCACGGCUAGCCUAUAGACACUAGCUCAUUAGUUCUAAGUAUCAGACUAAGAAAAUACCAGGACUUCACUCACCAAGACUGGAGGACAUUCCUCUUGAGUAGAGGAGCUAGCAAGUCAUUUUAUUGCUACGUAUUUGCAUUAAAAAUAGCCUAAAACAUAAAUGAGUAAUAAGGCUCAGAGAUGAGAAUUAGCUGAGUUGUUGACAUCUUGGUUUUGAAAAAUACGACGGGAUAAGGAGGGGUGGGUCUGACUGUGAAACUGCUUGGUCAAGUCAUUAGCCAAUAAGUAAACCACAGAUACUCCUCCAUUUUUUUUUAACAUAAUAUAACCAAUAUUUACAAAAAAGUGUAAUGUUUUAUUCAAUAUGAUCAAAACUGGUGACUCGAACUUGUCAGGAAAGAGUUUAUAGAAGUUAAGACAGAAAACAAUUCCAAUAGAGUUCUAAGUUUAAAAUAAAUAUAAACUGCGAAGAAUCACAGUAAAAUAUGAUAAUAAAAAAAAAAUUAAAGUGCCAUUGACUGCAAAACAAAUACAAUUAAAUCAGAGAAUAUUUUAAAAACAGUUACUGUCAGUAAAAGUCUUUAUACAAACUCAGUUAAACAAACUUUUUAAAUGUUUUUUAAAGUCCACAGAGUCAGCUAGAUGUGGUGGGAGAUGUUCCAAAAUCUUGGUGCCACAGACUUAAAGGCUCUGUUUCCCCCUCUUCUUCACCCUUGUAUGAUGAACAACUAGCAAAUUAUGCGCUUGUGAACAAAGACUGUGAGCACAAGUGUGUUUAGUGGCAAGCUGGAAUACAUAGUCUGCAGGAAGUUUGUUUAAUUGUCUGUAUGUGAGCAAAAGAAUGCAGAAAGAAAAUAAUAAUGGACCCAGGACUGAGCCCUGCAGAACCCCACAGUAAUGUUAGAGGAGAACUGGCACACCCUAACAAUCACAGUAAUAGCAAUCACAGGUAUCACCAUCUGGUGGCUUUCAGAUACAUAUUUUAUGCUGUCUGUUGCUUAAAUAAUAGUUAGCAAAUAGAAUAUUCAUUAUGGUCACCACCUGCGUUUCUUUCAUUAGCAUCCAAACAUGUACUAAUUAAAACUUAGCAUAAAGAGCAGGUGAAGCUCAUGGAUAAGACAUUGAUUUGAAUUUGAAAUCUAACUCACCAAAAUCACCAGGAUCCUACCUCUGGGUACCAUGAAUGUCUGUACAACAUGUAAUGAUAAUGCAUCUCAUGGUUAAGUAUGAAAAUGGACAAACCUCUGCACAAAGAGCCACGAUCAUGCCAGCAUCACAUUGUCUGUGAAGAAAUCACAUACUUUAUUAUUUUAAAAUGUUUAACUGGGACCAUUUUUAUAAUGCACAAUAAACCUGCAGCCACCCUCACUGUGUAGGCAGAAAUCUGAGAGACAAAUACCACAUCUCAAACCUAUAAACAAAGCUAAAUGAUCUUUAUAGCUAGAAGCAAGUAACUUGACACAUUACAGGUGAUUGAGGGUUACACCAACUGAUACCUAUUGCUAAAAAUAAUUACAUAGAUACUUAUUGAUCCCAAAGGAAAGUUUAAAAAGCUGCUUUCAGUUGCUUCUUAUUCACAGCAGGUUGCUCUGAUAUUUGAUUUGGCAGAUUUUUAUACUCUUCCUGAUGCAACCCCCAAAGGAUCUAUGUGUUCUCCUUGGAUUAAAUCAGGGAUCUUUCAUUUGUUAGGUGAAUGCGUAAACACUAUAGAGCCACUACUUGAACAGUGUCCUGCCUUCUGAUAUGUAGUUAAGACUGGCUGACCAAUCAUACAGAGGUAAUUAUAUUUAGUUCUGACCUAUAGCCUGAGGCCAGUUUGUAAAAAAAACUCAUACAUGGAGACAUCACAGUAAUUAAAACUGGGCAAUCUCUGACUAACUGAUGCUUGUAAAAAGUUUUUGUCUUGUACUUAAAUAUAUUACUAUUAAAUAAACUGCGUAACAUAUGUAAAAUAAAAUAAAUCAGUUUUGACAAACCUACACACCACUUGAAGGUGAACAUUUCCCCUUAAGAAAACAUGGAUGGAUAUGGAUACUGACAAAUCUACGACACACUUGAUAAAGAUCGCACUUUGGAUUGACACCGCGGUUGGGACGGGAUGCUCACUUUGCUCAAUUUUAAUUUGACAGAUAUCAGUUGAAUGGACCAAAUGAACCUGUCUAAUGAAAACUGUAUUGGCAGUAAGUAUUUCUGCACAGUAUGUGUCAAAACAUAUUUUGAAAUUUUGUGUUUUAUAUGCCGACAAAUAUGCAGCAUUAAAAACAACUUUGACAGAUUUAAGAAAAUUAGACAUUCUCCUUCUUUGUGCAGGGAACAAUCGGCGUUUGUGCAUACGGCGCUGCUGAUGUAACCCACUUCUUGGGCUGUUUUGUGCAAAACAAAACAAAAAAAAUAGUUUGACGUGGCUGGAGAUUGAACUGUCAGCAGCUUAAAUAAUAGUGCAAAAUCUGGGCUACCUGUACGUACACAAGGGAAUUUUAACUUUCUCAAACAACACAUGACAUUUUCCACAUAGUUAGGCGAUCCAAUUUUCUCUCAGAGGCUUUGCUGUGCGUGAAGCAGGUGAGUGCACUGAUAACAGACAACAGACAAGGCAGACGUUCUAAUGCUGUGCAAUGAUGGGGUUACAAGAGAAAUUCUAAAUCAGUUCUUUUACAAAUGCUGGUCGUUUUACAUCACAUGGACGGUUAUGUCACAUUCGGUGAUUGUAAGUGACUGUACUCCACUGCUUCACUGCUUUUCAUGUAUUUAUUUAUUUAUUUUAUACAAGGUGAAUUUACUGGUACCGUUAAAAGUAUUCAAGCUGUGAAAGCAGGUGUUUGGAGGAGCUCUGUCACAUCUGAGGAAAGCACUUGAGUGACUGUACCUGUGCGGGUCUGCAGAAUGCACACUCUGAACACAAAUCCUGGUUACAGACCAGGUUAUUGAAAGGGAAUGUGUUUUUAGCCAUUAUUAUGGCAGGUAAGGGCUAAUAACAAGACAAAAUCAAGUUAAAGUUUGCAAAGUGUGGGGACUUAAAGUGGCUCCGAGCUGUAAGGGGAAACAGCUGUGCUCGUUUCCAAUCUAGCCCCUUCAACUCGGUGUGCUGUUGUGGAGGGUCUCUUAGUUAAGAGGUAGGGCACAGAUACAUUGGCAAGCUUUGGAAAGUCCUUGCUCUUCUACAGAACCAAAAGGGAACUUAAAAUCAGCAUCCAUGCCGAUUUAUACUGUUAUAACGUGGAUGUAUUACAAUCAAAAAUGUGUCUUCUGUUCUGCGUUCAGUUGUUUCUUCCUUUUUGUCUUCUGUCAUUAGCUUUUAUAACAUCAAUAGAAAAAGAAUACAAUAAUAAAGUACAUAAAUAGGUACAAUCACAGACAGUAUAAAAGAUGGCUGUGAUGUCACCGGCUGGUUUCUGAAGUCCUGUUUUGAAGCCUCGAGGUGAGCGUCUCCAACAUUGCUACUUUGUGUGCAACAUACUGGAUGUGACAAGAAGGGAUGGGUCUCACCUUGAAAAUCAGCUAAUGACUUCUUAUUGACACGGAUGUGUUAUAUGUUUGACAACGUGUAUUCCAGUAUAUUGUUUUUAUAGUUACUUACAAUGACUGCAGCAAGAUGACAUUUUAUAGAGUCUGCCUUCAAAUACAAGAAACUGCCAUAUAUGUAAACUUAGCACAAAAAGUAAGGACGUUUGUGUUUUUGGUCGAUUACUUCGUUGUUGUAACAAUGCUUCUUUGCAAUAAAUCUUGUACCAUUGGAAAGCCUGUUUAUUUCCCCCUAAAUGGUAAAAGAAUGUAAGCAAAAUGCAUUUGUGGGUUGAGCUACAGAGUGGAGUAUGUGGGUAUUGAUUGUACUUGGUCACACACUGCUGUCCCAUUCUUCAACGCGCAUUUGUCGCAUCACCCAGUGUGGUUGUGUUAAUCACUCUGGCACAAACAGCAUGCCCAAGCUGAUCCCACAAGUGUUCAGUGGGGUUGAGGUCGCUCCAUUCCAUCCUCUCCACUCCACUCUGGAGGUAGUCUCUGAUAAACCCCACUCUGCUGAGGCAGAUUUUUGUCAUCUUAGAGGACAGAGUUGAGUCUCAGACUGGGAGAUAUUGCAUGGCCACUGGUUGCAGAAUCUCAUCUUGAUAUGUAUCUGCAUUGAGAUUGCCUCCAGUAAAGACGAGCCCUAUUUUUCCAGUGAGGGAGAUGGCGCCACACACUGUUACACUGCCUCCACUGAAAGCUGUUAUUCUAGCAGUGCAUUUUGACACCAUGAGCAGAAUCUGAACUCAUCACUGAACAAAGUUCCUCCAUAGGUUCAGGUUCCAGUGCACAUGUUGGUGACACCAAUGCAAACUGGCUUGACAGUGACUGUCAGCCCAGACCAGAGAUUGGCUUUGUGCAGUCUGUCUGGGUAGAGAGCCAUCAGCCAUAUUGUCCAACAAACCUUGACUGAAAAUCGUUUCCUUAGUGCUGACAGGAUGAGGAAACAGUCUUCUUGUGGUGUUGGUUCUUGGGACGUUCAAUUCAUGGCCUGUCUCUGCUCCCCCAUUAUAGGGAAUUUGCUCUUCAAUAUGGAGAUGGUACCAGGGCUUCUUUCAAAUAACACUGCAAGCUGAACACCAGCUUGAAGUUUCCCUGUGGCGUGAGCCCUAUUCAGAUCAGUCAAACGUGGCAUGCUUGGAGCAGACACCAACUGACCGCUGUAGCAGGCCUCAUGUUCUCAGGCAUGUGAUCAGGCACCUGUGAGGACCUGGGGCACCAGAAGCUCAAACCAAGAGUCACCUCUGCUGCUCAACCCAGAAAUACAUUUUCCUUACAAAUGUGUCACAGUUUAAGGGUAAAUAAACAGGUUUUCUAGUGGUUUAAGAUUUAUUGCUAAAAAACAUUGUUACAACAAAGAGAUAAUAAAGCAAACAAAAAUUAUCUUACUUUUUUUUGCUCAGUUUACAUUAACAGAAGCCAUUAUUUUAAUUUUUUAUUUAAUUUUUCACUGAAGUAGUCAUUCUGAAAUAAUCAGAUGGAACUCGUAUUUGUAGGUGUGAUGAGUUUUCUCUCUCCGGGCAGAAAACAGAUGUUGCACUUGCAGGAAGUGUGGUUAGUAAGCCGUUAGCCCACUUAUCGCUUAACUAAUAGUAGUUAAUGUAGUGAACCCUUCACUUGUACAAUCAAAAGGACAAGAGCAGAGAGUUUGGGGACUUAACAGUUGAGAUUUAGUAAUUUAGUGAGCUUUACAGGUGCUAGUAGGCAGGCUCUUUUUUAACUGUUCCUCCUGCUAUAAAGAGUGACAAACACCUAAUUUGAAGUGUGUAUAGCUAAGCUAAUCACCUCCCAACUCCAGCUCAGUACUUCAAAGGCACCCUGUAGAGCGAUGUUUACCUUCAGUGUUCCUCACUAAAAAUGAACCACAUGGAUCCUUGCAGUCUAACAAACAUGAUGAAAGAGCUUUCUUGCUCAUUCAACAUUAGCACUAUUUAAAUCUUUAAAUAUCCACCUGUUUACAGCAGUAUUUUACUUCCCAGCAGUUUUUUUUUCUUCAUCACUAAACAGUGUGUUACUUUACCAACUCUCAAUCAGCAAGCUAGCACAAAAUAACGUGUUCCAUUCGCCUCAGAGGUCCAAUGUUGCAUGUCAGUAACUUGAGCGCAUGGACUGCAGUAUGUUCAUACGGUGGCCCUCAAAGGUCAAACGCACUGCAAGUUAAGAAAACAUCAGCGUCUACUUCUGUUGCAUUUUAUUCAACCUCGAUUGUGUUUUGUGUGCUUUUGCAGCAUUUUUCUGUUUGCUGGUGUUUUCUGAAGUUGCAGUGUGUUUGACCCCUCAGGGCCACCGUACAGAAUAUGGCUUCUGUAUAUGCCUUGUUUAGCAACUCACAAAAUCCACAAAGGUAUAUGUACAGAUUACAAGUUUUACAGGUUUGCAUUUUUUGUUAGUUUUUGCAUUCACUGCCAUUUUCCAAAAGUAAAUUUCCAUACACAAGCUCAAAAAUAACUGGACACUUGACUGACAUGCAGUUUCACAGCCAGGUGAGGCCUCUUUGAUUAUUUUGAUAAAAGUUCUGGAGUUGAAGCUCUGAACUCACAGCACCUGGUCAUUUACUGGGACAGAUGACACAAAGAUGAACUUAUGUGACAGAACGAUGGGAAGACUCAGCCACCUGAUCUCAACUCAACAGAGCAUGCUCAGAAAAAUGCAGCAACAGAGGUUGGCUACAGUAAAGACCUGCCACAGCAUCUCAAGGAAGAGGACUAAAGGAACUGGUGAUGCCAGUCAGUCCUCGACUUCUUAUUUAAAGUUAUGUUGGUUUGUCCAAUUAAUUUUGAGCCUCUAAAAAAUGGAGGACCAUGUAUAAAAAUGGCUGUAAUUUCUAAGCAGCUCAUGGAAAAUUUCUGUAAAACUCAAUGAAUUAAAGCUGAAGUCUGCAAUAUGACUAUGAUGUGCAUUUACAUUUAGGCAAAAUGACAAAAAAGAUAAUAAAGAACAUCAUCU